AAAAAAAAGUGGAGCUUGAAACUCACUCGAGUAACCCGGGCCCACGGGUCAGCACCUUCCUCCAGCCGCCACCACGCACGGCCAUCGGAGCGCCACAAAGCCCAGCUCCCCACCACUCUCCCUCCUCCCCCGCCUCCGAUCGCGCAGACAGCAGACGUGCAGCCCCUCCGGCCGCUCGCUCUCCGGCGCCCUUCUCCAGCGGCUCCUCGCAGCGCAGCGCAGGUACCGGUUGCCGAACUCGACCCGCGUGUCGGGAACUCGGGAUCUGGGUGCUGGACUGCUGCGGCAUAGAUGGCUACUGGGAGGGGCAUUAGCCAGCUUCUGAAGAAAGUAUUUCGCCAGCACCCAUCUGGUUCAUCUCUUCUUUCUUCAACCCGGAUAUAUCAUGGAGAAGGAAUCACUGGCUUCACUGGACUGAAAGCAUUGGCUAUUCUUGGAGUUGGUGCUUCUGGCCUUUUAAGCUUUGGUACAAUAGCGUCAGCUGAUGAAGCAGAGCAUGGGCUCGAAUCUCCGAGCUAUCCCUGGCCACAUGAAGGCAUUCUUAGUUCUUAUGAUCACGCAUCAAUAAGGCGUGGACACCAAGUUUAUCAGCAAGUGUGUGCCUCCUGCCACUCGAUGUCUCUGAUCUCGUACCGAGACCUGGUGGGUGUUGCCUACACAGAGGAGGAAACAAAAGCAAUGGCUGCUGAGAUUGAGGUGGUUGAUGGGCCCAACGAUGAAGGCGAAAUGUUCACGCGCCCGGGUAAGCUGAGUGACCGUCUCCCACAACCAUAUGCGAAUGAGCAAGCAGCUCGAUUUUCAAAUGGUGGAGCAUACCCUCCAGACCUCAGCUUGAUCACAAAGGCCAGGCACAAUGGCCAGAACUAUGUUUUUUCUCUCCUUACUGGUUACCGUGAUCCACCUGCUGGCGUCUCGAUUCGUGAAGGCUUGCAUUACAAUCCCUACUUUCCUGGUGGCGCCAUAGCCAUGCCCAAGAUGCUUAGUGAUGGAGCUGUCGAGUAUGAAGACGGUACUCCUGCAACGGAAGCUCAGAUGGGUAAAGAUGUUGUCUCAUUCUUGUCAUGGGCAGCUGAGCCUGAGAUGGAAGAGAGAAAGCUGAUGGGAGUCAAAUGGAUCUUCCUACUCUCGCUCGCGCUUAUGCAAGCCGCGUAUUACCGGCGCAUGAAGUGGUCAGUCUACAAGUCCCGCAAGCUGGUCCUUGAUGUGGUCAAUUGAGGACCAACGCUUGGUUUUCUUCAAACAUUUCUUGGGUAAUUAGAAAUAUUUGAAAUAAGGAGUACAUGAUGUACGUUUUCACACUGGCAUGGUUGCCAUGCAUGCCUAGAAUGCAUUAUUCUUGUCUACAAUUACUCUCAUCUUUUUGGGGGACACGGUUUUCAAAAUUUGAAAUGUCAACAGUGCCAACAAUCAUCUAGCAGAAAUAUCAGACAGAGAUUGUAAAUAUAUCUGUGCUUUGUUGAUCAAAUUUACUUUUACUUUGUUUCUUAA